CGUCUCACAGUUGAGCCUGAGCAGCUGCUGGAGCUACAAAGUCUUUCUCUCCUCUCCUGUCAGGAUGGGUGUGAUACGGCUUCCCAGCUUGUCUAGGAUCCUGUGUUUUUCUUUUCACAUUAUUCUCAUUCUGCUUCAACAGACUACUGCAGCACGAGAACUGAAGUUUGUGGUUGUACUUUUCCGACAUGGUGACCGAACACCAAUUGUGAACUUUCCAACUGAUCUACACAAAGAAAGUGAAUGGCCCCAGGGAUUUGGACAGCUCACCAAGACUGGAAUGCAGCAGCUAUUUGAACUUGGACAGUACAUGAGGAAACGAUAUUCCAGCUUCUUGAACAGCACAUACAACAGGCAAGAGUUUUACAUCCAAAGUACAGAUUAUGAUCGCACCAUUAUGAGUGCCCAGUCAUAUCUUUCUGGCCUCUUUCCACCAACUAGCAGCCAAAUUUGGAACCCUGAUCUUCUCUGGCAACCCAUUCCAGUCCACAUUUUUCAUAAAACAGCAGAGCAGAGGCUGAACUUCCCUCUGCCCAACUGUCCCCGUUUUGAUGAACUCCAGCAUGAAACACAAACAUCUAAAGAAUUUCAAAGUAGAAUACAACCAUACAUGGAUUUUUUGCAAACAAUGGCAGUUAACACAGGGCUUGAACUAAAUCACCUUAAAAUACUGGACAAUUUCCAGCUCUGGAAUACAUAUGACACUCUUCAUUGUGAGGAUAUUCAUAAUUACACUCUCCCUGUAUGGGCCACUAAAGAUGUAAUCAACAAGAUGGAAAAACUGGCAGAAUUGGCUUUACUCUCAUUAUUUGGGGUUUAUAAAACAGAAGAGAAAUCACGGCUACAAGGAGGUGUCCUUGUGAAUAUUAUUUUAAACAGUAUUAAACAAGCUGCCAAUUCUUCAAAACCAACAAAAAUGGAGGUCUACUCUGCACAUGACACCACAGUUGGGGCUCUCCAGAUUGCUCUCAAUAUUUUCAAUGGAAAACUGCCACCAUAUGCUGCUUGCCAGUUUUUUGAACUCUACCAAGAAAGCAAUGGGCAAUAUAGCAUCGAAAUGCAUUAUCGGAACGACACUUCAAAGGAUCCUUAUCUCCUCACUUUGCCAGGGUGCACCUCUUCUUGCCCACUUGAGAAGUUCGCUGAACUAGUUUCUCCUGUGAUUACAGAAAACUGGUCAAAAGAAUGUGGGAAGAAAGACAAAAUGAAAGAUAUUUUUAUCGGAUUUAAUGUUGCUGUUGGCUUCUUGUCCCUUUUUAACCUUGUACUGCUCUACCUCCUUUAUCAUUAUGGAAGCUGCAGGAGCAGAAACAGCUACCAAGACAUUUAAAGAGGAGGUAAAAAAUGAAAGUGAGAGCAGCUAGACAUCAAAGAAUACUUGAAGUUGCUGAUACCCAUCAGUUUGCUCUGGUCAAAAUAAUCUCCAAAGCAUAUUCAAUAUACUUGAACAACUGAGGUAUCUGUGGCGUAAAAUUCUACACAUCUGCAGUAAGAAAUACUGUAGUAAUAUGUUAUUUCAGGAAAUACUGGAUGGAUGGAAUUACUCCAAUUUAUAUCUUUAUUCUACUACUACUAUUAAUCAAUUUUAUAUCAACCAAUGGGGUGAAGGAAUGCUAUUGCCUAUGUUUAUUUUAUAUUGCCUAUUACCAUUUAGCCCCCUGCUGCUCAACAAGCCUUUCUUCAAAACUGCACUCUAAUAUUUACCUUACUUCCUAUAAAUGGCUAUUUUGCUGAUGCACAGGAAAAUAGUUUUAGUGAGCAGAAGUUGCAUUACUGUAUGAAAAAGACUCAUACCAGCAUUUGAAGAUACUGUUCCUGCAUUUAUUAAUGCAAAUUUAUGCAAGAGUUUUGACCUUGGUCUUUAACUAAUAAGUCUUCAGCCUGCUCUUUAAAGGAGUUACACCUCUAUAGCUCUUACUGAAAUUAAUACAACUGGAUCAUCUCUGUCACAUAUCCAGGCAUCAAGCAAGAAGCUUAGUGCAACAGCACCUUGGCCAGUGCCUGUAACUUCACUAAUAUGGAUAAGUAAAUAUAUUAAAAUCUAUUUUCAGCUGCUACACUGUUUUCCUCUUUUUCUGAGUUCCCAG